AUGGAGGACGAGCUCGCGCGCCUGGAUGCCGAAAAGGCGAAGAUUCUCAAAGAGCGAGGUGCAUUCCUCGGUGGCGUAAAGCGUCGGCACGAUAACGGGAGGCGUACUCUGCAGGCGCUGCGUUCUCGCCAAAAUGCAGAGUAUAGGAUCACAGUAGGGAUCGCGAACCAGAAAUAUCAGGCGAAGCUGGCAGAUUUGACCACUAGAAGAGAAGAAGUAUUGAAGAGCAUCCCGGAUCCACAGCUAGACGGCCUAAGUGACCUCGAUGACGAUGAAUCUCAACCAGAGCGCCCUUCCGCCGAGCUUCCUCCACAGCCACCAGCUGUCCCGCCACUAGAGUCACCCAUCGAGGCUCAAGAUCCGCCUGAAAAGAGCGUACAAGAGGUUGAUAAUGGCAGUUCGAGUGGACAUAGCCCGCCUGGAACAUCAGUAUGGGAUGAGAAUACGCGGGAAAGUAGCUCGCCAGCACAAGAGGAAGAGGACUUGGGUCUGAAUCUCCCGGUUAUAUCACCACAAACGCGGGAAGGUGAAUCGCUGAGCGGCGAAUUUCCUACGGUGAUCUACAUGAAGGGCCACUUUCACGAGAUCAAAUGCCACAAUUGCGGGACGAAUUCCACCCGAAAUGGCAAAGACUUCUUCCUAGGCGCCAGAGGCAUACUCGACCAUAUCCGCAUAGCACACGAAAGGCUGUAUCCCAAGCACGACUUCAGAGAACUCGACGCCUGUAUAGUCCGUACACUCGACCGCGAGGAGGUCCAGAAGCUCGAAAAUGGCAUUCAACCAGCCGAUCCUCUCGUCAAGUGUGGUCCACAGCCAUUCCAGCGGCCACAAAUCCCGGAUGCACAGCCCAAAAUCUCACAUCCCGACGUACCUGGAAACGUUAUCCAAGACGAAGAUGACGAGUGGUUCCGCAUAUCAUGCAGAAUCUACAGAGGCAAUGCUGAUGAUGGUCUAGAAUGGUACGACGGAGAGCAGGGAUUGUGGGAACAUAUCUGGGACUGCCAUCCGCAGAUGUUGGGAGAGUAUGAUACUGAGACUUGGGACGUGCUGGAGGAUGUCGGGCGUAUCGCUUUCAAGGAGCCGUUGGAGGAGGGACAAGUGUACUCGAUCUGUCAGCAUGCAAUGGAGAACCCACGACGGAGAGGAGUACAAAUGUAG